UCAGGGAAGCCGGGUGAAUCUUGUCAAAAUGUCUAAAGUUACAUUCAAGAUCACUCUGACCUCGGAUCCAAAACUGCCGUAUAAAGUUCUUAGCGUACCAGAGGCGACGCCUUUCACAGCAGUACUCAAGUUUGCUGCAGAAGAGUUUAAGGUACCAGCUGCCACCAGUGCCAUCAUAACCAAUGAUGGGAUCGGAAUAAAUCCGGCUCAGAGUGCUGGAAAUGUAUUUUUGAAACAUGGAUCAGAACUGAGACUAAUACCCAGAGAUCGAGUCGGAUCUAUAGGAAAAUGAAAAUAUCUCUUUAACUUUAGGCUUAUUUGAAUUGGACAAUAGAUAUCUCCAGUGUCAAUCAUUGACUGAAAUAAAUGAUGUUGGAGAUUGGAUGAAGUCAAUAACUUGGUGAUAUGCACACUUUUCACCCUUUCAAAGUUCAAACCAUCUUGGAUUUUAGCAGAGUAAUCAAAAGAGAGACUGAAUUAUUGUACUACCUUCAUCAGGAAAGAAUCUUUGACACAUCAGUGAUCUUACUACCUGCUCCAGGAAAGAAUCUUCAACAUGUCAAUGGUUUCCCAAAGUAUAAAGCACAAUUUAAUAUACAAAGAAAGUACAAAAAAAAGAAAAAAGAAAAAAAAAAAGCAAAACAGUGAUAGAACAAACAAUUAAUAUAUAGAGUAACUUACAGGAGUUUCUAUUUAUAAAUUCGG